CCAAGAAGAAGAAGCCCAAGGAUCAACCCAGCCUUGCAGAAAUGAUGCGAGACCAUAGUUCAAAUGCAGAUGAGGGCAUCACCAAUAUGGUAUCCCGAGUGGGUCGCUGGUGGUACUCUCGAUGCUAUGAGAACGCAGCCAGUCAUGCCUCUGGAAAGAGCAUCUGGAACGAUAAAGCUUUACUCAGGGAAUGUGAGGAUCUGGGCACCAGCCUUAAACUGAUGGUUUGUUGUGCCCGCGCGCUUUGAGCAAAUCUUUGCACAUGAUAAUUUGUGUUUUUUUAUUACGACAUAUACGUAUUUGUUUCUUUCUAUCUCCUUUCUUUUCCUACCUUUCCACUGGCAUGUGGAAAAAGAUUGGCAUUGGAGAAAACAAUAUUCCAAGAUUGGAAAAUAGGGCGCAAGCCUACCCUCAAGACUGGAUCUUCAACGAGCAUGAUGUUACACUCAUUCUUUUUCAUUUUUUCUCCGACUGUUUCAAAGAACAACUUCUGGAGCUGGAGCCCUUAAUAACCCGAAUUCGAUAAUCUCUUCAUUCUACCCUUUCAGCGAAAGAGCAACAAACAAUAUACAUGCAUGUAGUGGCUACAAAGCCUCUAUCUAGCGAGCAUUUGAC